GUCUCUUCUUUGCUACCUUCAUGGAAAUACCAGAGAUAAGGCCGAUUAAUGUUUACGUUGAUACUGUGAUGAAGGGUAUUCUGACUCUUCGUCCUGUUGUUAGACACGUAGUCAUAUUAGUAACAGACAGGUAACAAGCGAAUUUACGCAGGCUAGCUUUGAAACUGGGCAGAAAGUAUGUCUGAUUCUGAAGAUGAUCUAACUGAGAAACAAUUACGAAUUAUAGUACUAGGGGAACCAGCUACAGGGAAGACUUCUUUAGUUUCUCGCUACUGCUAUGAUCAUUUCUCGCGACAGUAUUGUCCGACAUCUGGAGUAGAUUUUUUCCUAAAGAAAGCAUCACUUGGUAGCUUAAAAGAUAUUUCGUUACAAAUCUGGGACAUAGGUGGUCGUGUGUUAUCAGGCAACUUGCUUGAUAAAUAUGUACUUGGAGCUAAUAUUGUUUAUGCAGUGUAUGAUGUCACUAGUAUGCCUAGUUUUGAGGGAUUAUAUUCUUGGCUUGAGGCAGUAAGAAGAAUAUGUGCUGCUCAGGAACAUCAGCCCCUCAUUUGUAUACUAGGAAAUAAAUGUGACUUAGAGCAUCAAAGAUGUGUUCGUCUUGAUCGACACAACAUGUUUGUUCAGGAAAAUAAUGUGUCAUCAUAUCUUGUCUCGGCAAGAACAGGAGAAAUGGUGGCUCUAUGCUUCCAGAAGAUGGUAGCUCAUGUGUUGGGCAUCCAAUUAUCUCGAGCUGAGCAAGAAGAGCAACAACCUGUUAUGAGAGCAGAAAUUGUGGCUGCUCCACCUGUUAUUCCAGAGAACUCUUCAACCAUUACACGCACCUCUUCAGUUUGUGUUAUCCAGUGAAUGUCACAUUGUUGCUUUGUAUCAUCCUUUUGUAAUUUUUAAAUCUCUCUCCAAUAGGUCUGAAGAAAGCUAAUAAUUGUUCACAAACACUGUUCUGAGAAAUUACCAAACAGUACAGCUGUUAUUAUCUUGAAGGGACUAUAAACUGGAAAAUAAAUAUAAUAAGAUGAAAAAUUAAAUGAACACUAAUAGGAAACUACAUACACAAUGGCUACUGUAUAAAUAGUGCUUAACAUUUUAAUCUUUUAAUUUAUAUACUAUAAAACAAUAAAACAUGGAAAAAUCAUUAUUUUCAAUCAAUUGCAUGGUGUAAGUUGAGUUCACAAGUGGAGAUUCAUGCAUUCUGCUUCUAAUUAAAAAAUGUUCUUGAUGGCUGACAUGUAUUUCAGACUGAUUCUUGUUCUGCAGUAAUAUGUCUCACAUGGUUCUGACAGUGAUACCUUUUCAAAUAAUAUUCCUUUAAUAGUGAGAUGAUCGCAACUAGAGGGCUAGGCAAGUAUGGUGAAACAGAUAAACAGUGAUCUCACUGAUGUAAUCAUCUCAGAAUGUGUAUAAAGUCAUUUACAAAAAACCAUUAGAAAACUAAAUGAGGUCUCUGCAGAAAUAUAGGAAUACUUGAGGUGACACUGCCCCUAUGAAUUAUCUUAGAAAAUCGACUGAAGAAAGGCAAACCUACAUUUCCAGCAAUUGUAGAGUUAGAUAAAGCUUUCACUCUUUGAAAUCUGGAUGGUAGUGAGGAUAAAAUAACUGGACUGAAAGGUUAUCUACAACUCACCCAGAAAUCAGACUGUAGAAAUCAGAAAGCACAAAAGCAAAGCAGUAGAUGUAAAGGGUGCGAGAUGGGGCAGUAGCCUAUCACCAGUGUCAUCCAAUGUGUUUGUCGAGUGAGCAGUAAAGGAAACCAGGGAGAAAUUUAGAAAGGGAAUUAGAGUUUGAGCAAAGGAGUAAAACUCUGAUAUUUGCUGACAGUGAAAUUCUGUCAGACAGCAAAGGCCUUGGAAGAUCAGUUGAACAGAAUGGAUAGUGUCUUGGGAUUAAUAUAAACAAAUGUAAGGUAAAUUUAACGGAAUUUACUCAAGCAAAAUCAGUCAAACCUGAGGAAAUUAGAUAAACAAAUGAGAUACUAAAAAAUCAGAAGAUUUGAACAGAAAAAUAAAUGGUGAUGGCUAAAGCAGAGAGGGUACAAAAUGUAGAUGGACAAUAGCAACGAAAGAGUAUCUGUUGAAAAGGAAUUUGUUAACAUGAAAUAGUGAUUUAAGUGUUAGUAUGUCUUUUCCUGAAGGAAUUUGGCUGGAUGAUGUCUUGCGUGGAAGUGAAGUGUGGGCGAUAAGCAGUUCCGAGAAUAGAAACUUUUAAAAUUUGAUGCUACAGAAUCAGAUGGGUAGGUCAAGUAUUGAAGUAGGUACUGACUAGAAUUGAGGAGAAAAGAAAUCCUUGCAGUUUGGCUUUCAAGCAACUGGGAAGCACAUAUAACUUCAGUCUGUGUUGGAAAGUUAAUUUUAUUACCUACCAAAUUCAUUACCUUGCUAGGUGGACAGUUGAAAAUUUUUAUGAUUCUAUACAUCACUCCUUUCCGUGCCUUGGUACAACAGAGUGAUGGACUGUGUAAGACAUUUCUCUACCCAGUAUUACUUGUAUAAAUGUUAGUGUUAUUUUUGAACUGUGAUUGGUUGUUGACACCAAAUCUCUAAGGAGUAAAUGUACUGCCAGGCUCUUAACAGUAGUCCCAAUAGUCUAGUGAGCUUUCUACAAGAAGUUAUAGUGUGACACAAUCUAUUAUCCACACUUGUCUGCAAGUUAACACAUUCUUCCUCCAUGAUGAGUUGUGCCAUAAUACAGUACUGAAAACAAUGUCAGUGGUUUACACUUUCAUCUCCAAAAUCUGUUAUCUGUGAUACAAAGGCUACAAAG